AUGGGCUCUCGGAGAAGGCGACGGAGCUCCUCGGGGAGCCCACCAUCCCCGCAGAGCAGAUGUUCCUCUUGGGAUGGCCGUUCCCGCUCUCACUCCCGCGGCCGUGAGGGCCGCAGGCCUCCUUGGAGUGAGUCGGACGUGGGCGCUCUUUACCCCCUUAGUCGCUCUGGGUCGCGAGGGCGGCCCCCAAGAUUCCGCAACUACGCCUUCGCGUCCUCCUGGUCGACCUCGUAUAGUGGAUAUCGCUACCAUCAUCACUGCUAUGCAGAAGAACGGCAGUCAGCGGAAGACUACGAGAAGGAGGAGAGCUAUCGGCAGAGGCGGCUGAAGGAGAGAGAGAGGAUUGGGGAGUUGGGAGCGCCUGAAGUGUGGGGGCCGUCUCCAAAGUUCCCUGAGCCAGAUUCUGACGAACAUACCCCAGUUGAGGAUGAAGAAGAGGUAACGCAUCAGAAAAGCAGCAGUUCAGAUUCCAACUCGGAAGAACAUAGGAAAAAGAAGACCAGUCGUUCAACAAACAAGAAAAAAAGAAAGAAUAAGUCGUCUAAAAGAAAGCAUAGGAAAUAUUCUGAUAGUGACAGUAACUCAGAGUCUGACACAAAUUCUAACUCUGAUGAUGAUAAAAAGAGAGUUAAAGCCAAGAAGAAAAAGAAGAAAAAGAAACACAAAACAAAGAAAAAGAAGAAUAAGAAGACCAAAAAAGAAUCCAGUGACUCAAGCUGUAAAGACUCAGAAGAGGAGUUGUCAGAAGCCACCUGGGUGGAGCAGCCAAAUGUGGCAGAUACUAUGGAUUUAAUAGGGCCAGAAGCACCUAUAAUACAUACCUCUCAAGAUGAAAAACCUUUGAACUAUGGCCAUGCUUUGCUCCCCGGUGAAGGUGCAGCUAUGGCUGAGUAUGUAAAAGCUGGAAAGCGAAUCCCACGAAGAGGUGAGAUUGGGUUGACAAGUGAAGAGAUCGCUUCUUUUGAAUGCUCAGGUUAUGUCAUGAGUGGUAGCAGGCAUCGCAGAAUGGAGGCUGUACGACUGCGUAAGGAGAACCAGAUCUACAGUGCUGAUGAGAAGAGAGCUCUUGCAUCCUUUAACCAGGAAGAGAGACGAAAGAGAGAAAAUAAGAUUUUAGCCAGUUUCCGAGAGAUGGUGUACAAAAAGACAAAAGGGAAAGAUGACAAGUAAUGAUUUGUUGCACAGCAGGACUUUUAACAACAAGAAUUUUACGUGACCAAAAGUGUUAAAAGACUUUACAGUGCUACUGUACUUACCAUAUUAGUAAGUCCCUCAGGAAAAAGCUUCUUUUGAGAUAUCCUUAGCAGCUUAUUUUUUGUUAUUUUAACUUUAAAAAGUAAUAUGUGCACAUGGUUUUAAAAAUAUUCAACCAUUAUAGGAGGAGAGUUAGUAAAAAGUGAAUCUUUCACUUUAGCCCCUGACACCUUUCCCCCCAAAAUAUAUAUUUUUGGUGUCUUAUAUACAGAAUAUACAUUCUGUGCAUAUACAAGGGUAUAUGUUGCAGCGUAAAGAUUAAAAGCUAUUAAAGUUUUUUUUCACUUGUUACUCUGUUUUGCCAUUCAUUUGCCCCAGGGGGACCAAAAGAAGCCCAGAAAGAACAAAGGAUUCAAUCAAGUGUAUACUUCUACUUUCAGUUAACAGACUGGCUUAGAAAAUAGAAAAGAUUU